GGCGCGGAGAGAGCCCACCGCCAUGGCUCUACGCGCAUUGUUUAUAUUGCCCGCGCUAAUCGCCGCCGGCACUGCUGUAUUCGACCGUGAGCACCUUCGAGCGGACCCGCGCCUCCUGGACAGAGCCUGUCAGCUCAGCCCCUGCUACCCCGCCACCGGCAAUUUACUAAUUGGCCGGGAGUCGCGACUAUCCGCAUCUUCGACAUGCGGACUCUACGGUCGCGAACGCUACUGCAUCGUAUCACAUUUACAAGACCGCAAGAAAUGCUUUUGGUGCGACUCUACGAACAAUACGAUACAUGACGCGCAGCUAAAUCAUCGAAUACAAAAUAUUAUUUACAAAUUCACACCUGGAACACGUAAUAAGUCUUGGUGGCAGUCGGAAAAUGGGAUAGAAAAUGUUACUAUUCAAUUGGAUAUGGAAGCGGAAUUUCAUCUCACUCACUUGAUCAUACAGUUCAAAACGUUUCGGCCGGCUGCUAUGUUAGUGGAACGUUCUUUUGAUUUUGGAAAAACUUGGCGUGUCUAUCGUUAUUUUGCCCAUCGCUGCGAAGAAUCUUUUCCUGGAAUUCCGACGCAUUCCCAACGAUCUCUAACUGAAAUUGUGUGUGAAUCGCGGUAUUCAGGAGUAGCCCCGUCUACAGAAGGUGAAGUGAUAUUCAGAGUUUUACCUCCCAAUUUGACAUUUGUCAAAAACCCUUAUUCAGAGGAAGUGCAAAAUUUGUUACGGAUGACCAAUUUAAGGAUCAAUUUUACUAAGCUUCACACUUUAGGAGAUGAUUUGUUAGAUAAUAGAGCGGAGAUUCAAGAAAAAUAUUACUACUCUAUUUAUGAAAUGACUGUACGUGGCUCUUGCUCUUGUUAUGGGCACGCUUCUCGCUGCUUACCCAUGCCAGGGGUGGAAUCUAAAAACAAUAUGGUGCACGGGCGAUGUGAAUGUACUCAUAAUACUCGUGGAUUAAAUUGCGAAUAUUGUGAAGAUUUUUUCAAUGAUUUGCCAUGGCAACCAGCUGUAGGAAGAACAUCUAAUGCUUGUAAACAAUGUACAUGUAACAAUCACGCAACAAAAUGCCAUUUUGAUGCCGCAGUUUAUAAUAAAACAGGAAAAAAGAGCGGUGGAGUGUGUGAUAAUUGCCAACACAACACCAUGGGAAUUAAUUGCGAACGUUGCCAGCCACAAUUUUAUAAAGACCCAAAUUUAGAUAUACAAAGUCCAGAUAUCUGCAAACCAUGUGAUUGUGAUCCCCAAGGGACAACAGAUGAAGAGAUUCUCUGUGAUGAUGAAACUGAUGAAAUGAACAAUAAAACCGCGGGUCGGUGUUUAUGCAAGGCCAACGUUGAUGGACCUAGGUGUGACAAAUGUAAAGAUGGUUUUUGGAAUUUUGAUCCACAAAAUACUGAGGGUUGCACGGCUUGCACAUGCAAUGGUCUUGGAACAAUAAACGAACGUGGAUGCGAUCCUACAACAGGCAAUUGUUUCUGUAAGCGACAUGUCACGGGUAGAAAUUGCGACCAGUGUUUACCAGAAUUUUACGGCUUGUCUGAAAUUGACGAUGGUUGUACACCUUGUGACUGUGAUAUCGGUGGUUCAAUCGAUCGCGAUUGUGAUGUAAUUACAGGGCAGUGCAAAUGUCGGCCAUAUGUUACUGGUCGACGCUGUGAUCAACCGAUACAAAACUUUUUCGUUGGUGCUUUAGAUUCUAUGGUUUUCGAAGCGGAGUCUAGUCAAUGUGAUUCACAAUUUGAUGAUAAUGCUAUUCAAAGUCAAGUAUGCCAUGUUGUCAUUCGUGAGAACUUUCCAGAUGGAAGGAGGGAAACUUGGACGGGACCUGGUUUUAUGAAAAUACCAGAAGGAAGCACAUUGGUAUUUAUAAUCGACAACAUACAGACAACGAUGAACUAUAACGUUUUGAUAAGAUACGAGCCACAAUCAAAUCUAAAUUGGGAAGAAGCAACAAUAUUAGUUAAAAGACCAGGGCCUAUAGAUUUAGAUUCGCCAUGUGCCAAUAUUCGUCCAGAAGAUGAUAGAAUAACUACAUAUUUACCUGCUAAUCAACGAAGUGUGCUUGUUAUACCUCCAGUUUGUUUAGAGAAGCAAAAAGAAACUGAGAUUCGUAUAUAUUUAGGACAUCAAGACAAAAGAACACCAAAUCCUAGAGCUUCCGUACUCAUUGAUUCUAUUGUGCUUAUCCCAUCGUUUGAUGAUUUGCCAUUUUUCAAGGGUAAUGAUUCUGUUGCAAAUAAUAUGAAACGAGAAUUUGAUCGUAACAACUGUGGAGAUCCAUAUUAUUAUGACUUAAAUAGAGAUACUGUUCCUGAAAUAUGCAAGAAUUACCACGCUAGUAUUGGAUUUUAUAUUAGAAAUGGAUCUGAAUCUUGUCAGUGUGAUCCCUCUGGAUCAAAAAGCCAUCAGUGUCAUCCAUAUACUGGAUACUGUCAAUGUGUUGAAAAUAUUGUAGGAGCGCGGUGCGAUCGUUGUGCUCCAGGAACAUAUGACUUUAGCAAAUUCGGAUGUAAGCGUUGUGAUUGUAAUAGUAUAGGAUCUUUAGACAAUUUCUGUGAUGCAACCAGUGGACAAUGUAAAUGUAGAACAAAUACAUAUGGUCGUGCUUGUGAUUUGUGUCAACCUGGUUAUUUCAAUUUCCCUAAUUGUGAACAGUGUGAUUGUAACGGUCAUGCAGUGGAAUGUGAUGAUAGAACGGGGGCGUGUAGAGAUUGCAGAGACUUUACUGAAGGCCAUCGAUGCGAAAGAUGCAUAGCAGGUUAUUACGGUGAUCCACGUCUCGGUGUAGACAUUGCUUGUCGUCCUUGUCCCUGUCCCGGUAUAAAAGGUGAUCCUAAUAAAAAUAACCACGCUGAUUCUUGUGAACUCGAUUCAGAUACAAAAGAUGUCGUAUGUGAAUGUAAAGCAGGUUAUGCUGGAGCUCUAUGCGAUGUGUGUGCUGAUAAUUAUUAUGGUGAUCCGAUCACAGGAACUUGUGAAAAAUGUGAAUGUAACGAAAACAUCGAUAUUACAAAACCUGGUAACUGUGACCCCUAUACAGGUCAGUGUUUGCAGUGCUUACAUAACACAGCUGGAGAUCACUGUGAAGUAUGUGAGGAAGGAUAUUACGGAAACGCUUUGGAAAAAGCGUGCUACAAAUGUAAUUGUUCUGUCCUGGGAACUAACUUUACUCGAGGAAAUUGCGAUGGUGUAACCGGACAAUGUCCUUGCUUCAAUAAUGUGAUGGGUAUAAAUUGUGACCAGUGUACUGAAAAUCAUUGGAGAAUAGCGCUCGGUACUGGAUGUGAUCCAUGUGACUGCGAUCCAAUAGGAUCUCGAUCUUCGCAAUGUAACCCAUUUAUCGGUAAAUGUGAUUGUAAGCCAGGGCAUGGUGGAAGGCAAUGCGAUCAGUGCCAGGAAAAUCACUGGGGCGAUCCCAACAUCGAAUGUCAUGAAUGUGAAUGUAAUUUGUAUGGUUCCAUGUCACCGCAGUGUAUGCGUGACACCGGAUCGUGUGUCUGUAAACCUGGCAUAGGUGGUUACAAUUGUGAUAAAUGCGCCAGAGGAUAUUUAGGAGAAGCUCCUCAAUGCUAUGCUUGCGGUGAAUGCUUUGACAACUGGGAUCGAGUUAUUGAUGAGUUACGUGUUCAAACAGAAUAUGCCAUUGGAAAUGCUAGUAAAAUAAAAGUGGUUGGUGCUACAGGAGCAUAUACAAGAGACUUUGAUGAAAUGACUAAAAAGUUAUCUGAAAUAGAAGGCAUGUUAAAUAGUGCUAAUAUGGGACAAACUACAGUCAAUGAAUUAUUAUCUAAUAUUAGUAGUUUACAAAAUGAACUUGCAAAAACCGAGGAGAAAGUGAAAGAUAGUAAUUCUAAUUUGAAUGAUAUAACUUCCCAAAUCAAUUUAGGAAAUGUUACUUUAGAUAAUUUAAGGAAAAAUAUUGAGACACUAAAGCAAAAAACUGUUGAACUAGGUAAUAAUGCAACAAAACUGCAGGAAGCCAACUUAGAAGGUGCCCUUAAUUUGACACGAGAAGCUAAACAAAGAGCAAUCAAAGCAUCUGACGAAGCUGAAAAUGUUCAAACUCUUAUUGCAAAUACUGACAGACAAAUAAAAAAUACAGACCGUCUAAUUGAAAUGCAAUAUGCUCAUUUUAACAAUAAUCAGAAUGAUAAUGAAAAAAAAUUAGACGAUAUUCAAAGUGAGUUAACUGAAUUGGAGUCCCGGAUACCCAAACUUAAUGAAAAGAUGUGCGGGCAAGAAAGUGAUACUUGUGACAUUUGUGGCGGUGCAGGUUGUGGAAAAUGUGGGGGAAUAUCCUGCGAUCAAGGCGCAGUCACUAAAGCAGAGCAAGCCUUAGAUUUUGCUAAUAAAACUGACCAUAGAAUAAAGGAACAUGAACUUACAGCUGAAGAUUUAUUCCGAUCAAUUUCUUUAGUCAAACAAGACACUGUUGCCGUACGUUCGCAAGCUAAAGAACUAUUCAAUAAAGCACACGAGUUUAAAUCGUCAACUGAACGCGUUACAAAUGAGAGCAAAGAUUUGACUUCCGAACUGAAAGACUUUUUAUCAAAUACUUCCAGUACUCCAGCUGAUAUAAGGUCUUUGGCUCAAGAAAUCUUAAAUCUUUCCAUCAGUAUAGAACCCAAAGAAAUAACAGAGUUAUCACAGCGUAUAAAUUCAACUGUUUCUCAGCUAACUAAUAUUGAAAAUAUUAUAAUUGAAACGAAGCCUGAUUUGGAGAGAGCCAAAGCGUUGAAGCAAAAUGCAACAGCUGUUAAUCAAUCGGCAAAUGUAACUUUGAUGACAGCCAAAAAAGUGCUAGAAGCAUUGGAUGAUGCGCAAGCAGCACAAGAUGCAGCAGAGAAUGCUAUUCAAAAAGCUAACAGUGACAUUGAAGCAGCUAAAAAUGACCUAAUACCGAUUGCCAAAGAAACUGAGCAGGCUCAGAAAAAAGCAAAUGAAACUAAAGAUGAAGUAGAGGGAUUACGGUUAAGACUUUCCGAUUUACAGAAAAACAUAUUGAAGAUAGAAAGUGAUGCUGAUCAAGUGAAACAAGAAGCGAAUGAUGUUGUAAACAGAGCUGAAGGUGCGGAACAAAAAGCUAGGCAAUUGAGAUUGGAUUUCAAACAAACAAAUAUGUCCCUUGCUCAGCGUGCUGACCAGACGUCCAAUUCGAGAGAGCGAGCACAAUUGCUUCUCAAUCGAGCUACAAAGCUUGCUAGUGAUACACAAAUGCAGUUAAAACUUCUUGCAAAUAUGGAAGAACUAUACAAUGACCAUAAUGAACAAUUAAACAUUUUGGAAAAAGAAAUAUCCGAACUUAAUGCAUUAAUGAAUUAUUAUCUCACUGAAAUUACGAAACGAUCUGAUUAUUACAGGGCCUGUACAACAUAAAUAUUUGAAAUUAAUAUUAUAAUACUAAAUCAGCGAUCAACAUACCUCUAAUGGUUUACGGUUAUUAUGAGUGCCAUAAUUUGACAGACUUAGCUUUAUUUGUUAUUGAUGUAGUUUGACUGCGUCAUGUCAGCGUAACACAUUCGCAAGGAGUUGUAGACCGUUCACUUCACUUGAUGAAGAAUGAGAUUGUACUUAUGUUAAGAAAUAAUCUCUUAAAUUGUAUUAGAAGCGAAACAAUAGUUUAUUAUUAAUAAGUUACCCACCUCAUAGCAUUCAUUUAAUCAGUUAAUAAUAUAUUUGUAAUAGUAAUUGUAUUUUUUAUAAUACAAAUAUUUGGAAACUAAUAUCUAGUAACAGCCCAAACAUACUUUAAUAUACACUACAUACAUUUAUUAUUAUCAUUAUUAGAUAAAAUGACACACUUCCGUUGGUCGUUACUAUAAAAUAUGUUUUCUAAUAAUAUUCUGACAUAAAUGGGUAGCUGUAUAAAUGGUUAAAUUAAUAUUCCAAAGAGUUAUUGAAUAAUAUUCUUAAGUAAAAUCAUGUCUGUUUUUAAUAUUUUUUUAUGUCAGAGUCAUUGUAAACUAGCCAUAACUACAUAAUUAUAAAUAAUACUUAAGUAAGGUGUGAUACCUUUUGUUAAUAAUUAUAGAUAAUUUAUGUUAAUAUUAUAAUGUAUGUUAUAAGUAUUUUACAUAAACACUUUUCAUAAAUGUAUGUGUAUGGAUGCAUUUUUUAAGCCUAUAAAAACUGAAACUUGUGCUUCUUCUCUAGACUUAUAGAAAUGAUGUAGGUUAUUAAAAUGUUACUUUUGAUUUUCUAUGUAUUAUUGAAUGUAUUUGUUAUAUAGGUGCCAUAUAUUAUUGUCUUCCUAAAUGCAUUUAUUAACUAAUGUCCGUGUUCUAUUCAUUUUUAUUGUUUUGAUUUUUCUUUUUUACUUAUGUAUUAUAGGCACCAAUAUAAUUUUGAAUAAAACCA